AUGGCAAACUCGACACCUAACACUAUCGAGAUUACCUUAGUCGUCCAGGAUGAAAGCGAAGAAAUAACUGUUAAUCCCAGCUCAAAUACCACGUCAACCAACGCGCUUACGUUUGGUUCCAAUCAGGCAGCGAACAGCGUGGCAUAUGGAAAUGGCUUUCACGAGGUUCUCGCGCAGUACAUCAAACAAAUUCAAUCGGAUGAGUUUUUUUAUUUAUCUAAAUUUUUACCAAAAAACAUGUCAACCAAUAACCACUCCGACGAGCCUAUG